AAAAAACAGGAGCUUGUUCGAGUUACAGUGUGUUAACCCUUACAGAGACUAAUUCUAGCCCAGCUAUAGCCAUGGACCAGAGGAACCUACAGGAAGAGUUUAAGGAUCCGUUUACAGACGUGGUGUCCAGGCUGCAGUCUAAACAGCUGUUCCAGUCUGACUGGGACAUCGCCUCCUUCGCUGUCUUCUUCAUCUUCAUCGGCAUGGUUCUGCUGCUUGUUGUCCUGGUUCUGAUCCGCUGCUGCUGCUGCUGCUGCUGUGAUGAACAGCCUGGAAGACACAAAGUGGGUCAUGAAAACUUUGGAAUGGAGACCUGAAAGAAACUUGGAACAGAAUUGAAGAUUCCACAAUGACGACACUUAGAAAAUUGAUUACCGCAAUUUCCGGACUAUUAAGCCC